UCUCCUCUCAGAAGGCCUGUCCGUACAGGGCCACACAUCAUACAAUCACAAGUCAACCGCAAUCGCCGCUAUCGCCUGUUUGAGCGUGGAGCCAUCCCCGGUCGAGGCAGUGGGCGCAACAUAAUUGUUAUUCACAUAUCUCUAAAUCUGAUCCUAAAGGCUCUUCCGCGCUCCAAGAUGGCUGAGCUGAAUUUGGGGAAGGGGCUGACUGCGGGGAAGGUGGCCAGCAAUGUGCAAAAAAAACUGACCAGGGCCCAGGAAAAGGUUCUUCAGAAACUGGGAAAAGCAGAUGAGACCAAAGAUGUGGCGUUCGAGGAGGGGGUUAUCAAUUUCAACAAACAAUAUACCGAAGGCAGCAAGCUGCAGAGAGACCUGAGGGCUUAUCUGGAAGCAGUAAAAGCCAUGCAUGAGUCCUCCAGGAAUCUCCAGUCCUGUCUGGCGGACAUGUACGAGCCAGAGUGGGAGGGCAAGAAUGACGUGGACUCCGUGGUGGAGGACUGUGAUGUGCUGUGGACUGACUAUCACCAGAAGCUGGUUGACCAUGCUCUGAUCUCCAUGGACACCUACCUGGGCCAGUUUCCUGAUAUUAAGGCGCGUAUUGCUAAGAGGGACAGGAAACUGGUGGAUUUCGACAGCGCCAGACACAACUACUCAGCCACACACAAGAACAAGAAAAAGGAUGGCGGCAUCAAAAUCACCAAGCCCUCCACCCUGUUGGAGAGAGCCACCCCAGGGUGGGCCCAGGGUAUCCUGUCUGCUCACAACGUGGCCCAGAGCAGUCUUUCCAGAAGCCAGGCAGAGGAGGAGCUGGAGAGGGCGCAGAAAGUGUUUGAAGAGAUUAAUAUAGACCUGCAGGAGGAACUGCCAUCUCUCUGGAAUAGUCGCGUGGGCUUUUACGUCAGCACCUUCCAGAGUCUGGCUGGCUUCGAGGAGAAGUUCCACAAGGAAAUAGGCCGGCUGGAUCAGGACCUGAACGACACGUUGGUUGCUCUGGAGGGAUCAGACACCACAAGAAAGACAGGUAAACGCAGCGCGCCCUCCACCAGCGGACCGUCCCGGAGUGCCCCAGAACCAUCUAAUCACACUCUGAGGCCAGCAGGCCCACCCCCCAUACCAAAGUCUCCAUCCAAGCUGAGACCGACAGUUCCUCCCCCCCCGAAGGUGACCCCCUGCAAGGACAUGAAGACGGACAACAUCAUCAACCUUUUCGCCUCAGCCGCCGCGCCUGACAUCAGCAUCACCUCCCCCACCCAGUUUGACAGUCCCGCAGCAUUGAACGACCUGUUGGACAUGGACCUGGACUCUCUAAAUGCGGCCCCCACCCAAGUCUCUACUACGGCCACAAAGGAUGCAAACUGGGAUUCAUGGCGUGAGGAGGACAGUGGCUCCCAGGAGAAAGAGGAGCCCGUCCACUAUGACCCGGUGGCCGCUGCCUCCGAGGGCUGGGGCGACGAUGGCACCAGGCCCGUCCGCAUCGACCCAGUGGCCGCUGCCUCCGAGGGCUGGGGCGACGACGGCUCCAAGCCCGUCCGCAUCGACCCAGUGGCCGCUGCCUCCGAGGGCUGGGGCGACGACGGCUCCAAGCCCGUCCGCAUCGACCCAGUGGCCGCUGCCUCCGAGGGCUGGGGCGACGACGGCUCCAAGCCUGUCCGCAUCGACCCAGUGGCCGCUGCCUCCGAGGGUUGGGGCGACGACGGCACCAGGCCCGUCCGCGUCGACCCAGUGGCCGCUGCCCAGGAGGGCUGGGGCGACGAGGGGAGUUACCACAAGGGCGACGUGGCGGUCUCCCCCCCUGGAGAGGAGGACGAAGCCCUGGCCUCUUCUCCUGAAGCUGCCCAGGAUCUGAGCCCAGAGCAUGAAGAGCCGACGGCCGAAGCCCCCUGUGGCAGUGAGGAAGGCCAGAGUGACUCCUCUGCAGCCCAGGAGCCAGCAGCUGUAGCAGUGGAGGAGCCGGCCGCUGAAGAGGCUCCUCAGACCCCGGUGGCGGCCCUAGAACCUGCCGAGGUGCUUUCAGAGUCCCAGGACCUGCCCCCGGGCUUCCUGUUCAAGGUCCAGGUGAUGCAUGACUACGCUGCUAACGACUCUGAUGAGCUGGAGAUGAAGGCUGGAGAUGUUGUGCUAGUGAUCACCUUCACCACCCCAGAUGAACAGGACGAUGGCUGGUUGAUGGGCAUGAAGGAGGGCGAUUGGCGUCAGAGCAGAGACAACGCCGCAAAAGGGGUAUUCCCGGAGAACUUCACUCAGAGGCUGUGAAGAACGACACAAGCUCCUCCACCACCGUCCUCCUUUGGUUCCUCCAUCCUUCCUCCCUCUCGUCCUUCCUGUCCACUUCCCUGAUGUUUAUCUGUUAGGACUUCAUAGGCCAUACAAGCGGUUUGUGUCAGUCAGCCUUGGGUGAGAUCCUUGUAUUUCACCAGCUCUGGUGCUUGACAAACCUAGACCUUCCCUUGGUUUGAGUUGGUACUUCUUUUCAUUUAAAAAAAUACGUUACUUGUCUGCUGAGGAAGGAAAGUCUUUAUCGUGUGCUGUUCUCCAACACAAGGUGUACAAUGAUGUUUUAUGUUUUGGACAGAUACAGAACUAAUGACUUCACAGACCGCUGCCCCUGACUGGGGCUCCGGCCUGUCCUGGAGAACACAUUCCAGUUGACUGGUUACAUACAAUUUGAAUUAAGAUCCAUCUCAGAUAAGUCUGAUUAAUUUGUACAAUAUUACCAAAUAUUAACCAAUAGCUUCCCGGCAAUGUUGAAGCCUGAAUACUUUCUUGACGGUCUGGCAAAAUUGGUCUCUGCAAUAUACAAUAUCUAUAUACAUAUGUUUCCAAUGGACGAAGAUAUCUUUUGAAUGCGUCAUCAAUACAAGUCAAUAGAAAUGGAGUAAGUGAAGUUAAAGCCACCAGCUGUACCAAGUCAUCGCGAUGUAUUUCCUCUGGUUAACCAAUCACCAACCAGCAUUACUAACAUGCGGAUAGUUAGAAAACAACAUGUUACUGUAGCCUUGACGAUGGGUAUCAAAGUCUGCGAUUAACCUGACACACACACACACACACACACACACAAACAUGCACGCAGACACAUGCACACACACACCAACACAACCACGCGCGCGCGCACACACACACACACACACACACACGAACACACACACUGUGUCCAAUCAGAUCGAAUCAGAUUGGCUGUGGAUCUCAGCUACACCGUUUCUUCCUGUUUCUGCGAUAGCGCACCACAGCUCUUAGUGCUGUUCCAGUGUGGUCCUCAAGCAGAGCAGUAUAGGAAGCCACUGCUCAUUGACCCCUUCCACUGCUAACACUCAAGGGGGGGUCCUUUAGUCUGCGUAAAGGCCCAACCUACGAGAACUCUAACAUUGACGUGAAGUGUGGUGGUCCACCCUCUCCCGAAGCGCUUACCCAUGUGCUUCUUAAGAGGAAGGACAUUCAAGGUCGUUCCUCCCUCAUGACCUCGUAUUUGUGCACAUCUGUUAAGAGGUGAUUAUUACCCAUAACCUGUUUGGAUUCUUAUCACUGUUGCGUUGCUGUUAACUUUCAACCAUUUCAGAUGUUACUUUGAUCUGAGAAUCAGAAAUACUUUAUUGAUCUCUGGGCCGAUAUUCUGUCACGUUACAUGAACAGCCCUUUAUUAUCUUUAUUAGAUUAUCUUGAAUAACAGAACAAGAACCUCAAACCUGUUUCUGUCAAUCAACAGUUCAGAGUUUCAAAUUAGAUUCCAAAGAAGCACCACGAUCCAACCACUAUAAAUAUCAUUCAGACCAACAGUCAGAGAUUGACAUGAGGAAAUCUAACCUAAUAUUUUAAAAUGUUCUGAUUCAAAAUAAACAUUAUCAUUUAGAAAAGAGUUACAUUGCACAGAUUUCUAUGACAUUUGAUUUGAUUAUAUUCCAUCAAUCCUAGGGAGAAGAGCAGAGAACUAGAAACCUAGCCAAGCUAACAUCCUUAUGGGAAUUGGCUAAUUGCAGCGUAUUAUUAGUUAUAUAGUUGUAUAUAACUAAUAUAGUUUGUAGCUCCAACAGUUAUACCUUGCAACAAAAACUGAGCCAGUCCUUAUUAUUUUAAUGAAAUGUGCCGAAAAAUGAGACCAUUUUUUGGGGGGGGAUCUUUGUAUGCAUAGCGUCCACAUAACUAUGUAAUCCAGGUGAUAUUGAAUAUGCAUCAGAGCAACUCUUUUUAUUUUUGUAUGCUGCCAAACUAUAAUGAUAUAUACUAUAGAGUCUAACAAUGUCAAUGGAAUUGCCAACCAGACGUGUACUGGAGUGUUUUGUACCCCCUGUGUGGCUUGUUGCUAACAAGCCACCUAGGUAGUUAAAACUACAGUAGUCUCAUACUUCUAACUCCUUCAUCCAAUCAUGCGGGAGCGUGAGUCUUACUCAGAUGUCGUUUGAGCUGAAGGACGAUGUGUGGUUAUGUGCUUACUCUGCGGGAGCAUGAGUCUUACUCAGAUGUCGUUUGAGCUGAAGGACGAUGUGUGGUUAUGUGCGUACUCUGCGGGAGCGUGAGUCUUACUCAGAUGUCGUUUGAGCUGAAGGACGAUGUGUGGUUAUGUGCUCACUCUGCGGGCCGCGUGCUCAGGUGUGUGUGUGUUUGUUCUUUGAGUGAUGAGCAGGUACGUUGUGUUGAAGAGGAAAUACAUUAUUUAUCUAUUUGGCGAUGUUAAUGCGGACCCUGAUGGGGCUGGUCCAUGUCCCAGGAGACUCUGAAGACCCAGGGCCUGGGUCCUGGACUUGGUCUGGUCCCGGUUCAGGGUCUGGUCCCGGUCCAAAGGCCGGUCUCCAUCUCAACGUGUUAUUGUGCAUUUGUUGUUGUGUGUAAAUGUGUAAACUUUGCCAAUCUGUCACCACAGAUCUACAUAUUCUAUAGAGACAUUCAUAUCUUUGUGUGAGUUAGUGUGCGCAU